UUCGAGUGGCAUUCCAGCCGUGUCUGCGCGUGCCGCUCUCGCGAGAAGACGCGGGCAGUUGCGGCGAAGAGAGAGAGAAGUUUGGAUGCUUUAGUCUUUUGCCGUAUUAUCUGCUUUUUUUUGAAGGAAUAUAGAUUCAGUCAAAGCCGACUACGUGUCCUUUUCUUAUACAUGUCUGUGGGCAGUGCUCUCUGACUGUGUGGCGUCUUGGAAGCUUCACCUUUUUUCGUUUCGUCGGCCGCAUUGAGCUCUUUCUCCAACCGAAAUGAGUUUUUUAUUUGGUAGCCGUUCAUCUAAAACAUUUAAACCAAAGAAAAAUAUUCCAGAAGGUUCUCAUCAGUAUGAGCUUUUAAAACAUGCUGAAGCCACAUUGGGAAGUGGCAACCUUCGCAUGGCAGUCAUGUUGCCUGAUGGAGAGGAUUUAAAUGAAUGGGUUGCAGUGAACACUGUGGAUUUCUUUAAUCAGAUCAACAUGCUUUAUGGUACUAUCACAGACUUUUGCACCGAAGAAAGUUGCCCUGUGAUGUCAGCUGGUCCAAAAUAUGAGUACCACUGGGCUGAUGGGACUAAUAUUAAAAAGCCUAUAAAAUGUUCAGCUCCAAAAUACAUUGAUUAUCUGAUGACCUGGGUACAAGACCAACUAGAUGAUGAAACCCUCUUUCCUUCAAAAAUAGGAGUGCCUUUCCCAAAAAACUUUAUGUCUGUGGCAAAGACUAUAUUAAAACGACUAUUUCGAGUGUAUGCUCACAUUUAUCACCAACAUUUUGAUGCAGUAAUACAGUUGCAGGAAGAAGCUCAUCUAAAUACUUCAUUCAAGCACUUUAUCUUCUUUGUUCAGGAAUUUAACCUAAUAGACAGAAGAGAACUUGCUCCACUACAAGAACUGAUCGAUAAGCUGACAACCAAGGAUAGAUAAAUGAGAAAUCCUGAUUUUUCUUUUCUUUUUUUUUUUGGCACCAACAUCUUAUGCUGUGGUUUCCUGUUUUUGUAUAGACUGCCUACCUUUAUUCUGUAUUCUGUGUGGAUUAUUUCGUAGGAAGCCUGAUUUCAAUAUGGCAGUGUUGGGCACUGUUAACUGGAUGACCUGAUGUGUCACCAUAACUAAUUUUGAACUUAAUUGUAGGAUUGGUUACUGACACAUUGACAUCAAUAAAAUUUUAUUUAAAGUACAACUCUGCCCUGUUGUUCAAGUGCCUGCCACGUUUUACAGGUGGAGCGGACAUACCAAGAGCUAUAAACAGAUACACUUACGUCAGUUUCUGAAUUAGGUAACAUGUUUGGAUGGUUGAUUACUACUGUUUCAUUUUUGUUCUCUUGUCCUGAUUUCUAUAUUUAUUUGUUUUGUUGCUGUAACUCCCCCCCCCCAUCCCCAAUUGCCCCCUGUAAUGUUUACACAACAUAGAAGGCUGGGAUUUGGAAACUUUUCACACUUCAGAAUUUUUAUAGUGGCCUUGAAUUUGGGUUGUAGAUUGUACAUUGAAAGCUAAUAUUUUAGGAAAUAAUUGUUUAAAACCGAUGCCAUUUUAUCUUGAAAACAAAGUAUUUUAAAAUAAACCUUUGUGCACUCAUACAUCUUUAUAUGAUCUAAUAAAGAAAGAUAUUUAACUGGAAAAUGUGAAUGCCAGUUUAUUUCUGUAGGAGUUUUGAUUCACUAUGGAUACAAAUAAUUGAAACUGUCCCCUCUGAAUUGUAUUUAGGCACUGCAUGCAGUAAUCUUUUUCUCCCCAUAUGUAAUGCCCUAAAGAGUAUGCAAGAGUACAAAAUUUGUGAUAUAAUAAUCUUUGUAAAAUGUACAAAAGAUAAUUAAGAUUCCCCUGCAAGAUUUAAACUUCUCUUAAUAUUAAGUACUACUCUAUACGUUCUCUUUAUACAGUAUUGUGUUUUUUUGUGUAAUCAAAGCACUUCUGCUGCAGAAUAAAUUUAGAAUGACAAGGUUAAGUGAAUAUUUUGGUAUGAUCUUCAGAAAUUAGAUUGUAUUCCUGUACUGAUUAAAUACAGUAAUUGGAAUGCUUAACACAUUUUUCUUUUUGCUUUGUUUAUUAAUGCUUAAUAUAUUAUCUAUUACUUUGGGUCCUUUCAAAUUCCAAAGUAUAUCCUAACAAUUUAACAAAACAUUGAACACUGAAACUGUAUCAUGUUCUCACUACUCUAACAUUUAAUUAGCUUUAUUAAUAAAAAUACCAGCAUCUCAUAUUUAAUUUCAAAAGCUUAAGUGUCAUUAUACCAAAUUGCAUAGUAAAUCAAAUAGUGCCUGGGAAUGCACACAAUAUUUAUUUUUGCCUGUGUGUCUGUAGACACAUUUGCAUAGUAAAUGUAACACAAUUCCUAAAUAUGUGCAUUAUGUUUAUUUUUGCUGGUCUGUGCCACAUUAUUUAUACCCAUAAAAUGAAGUAGAGAAGUAAUAGCAUUUAGUCACUCACUGUGAGCAAUAGUUGAGCCAAAGUUCUAUAAGAUGAUGGAAUCCAGUCUGAAGCAAAAAGUGUCUGUUACCUGCAUACUAUGCAAUUCACUAGUGUAGAGCUUGAACACACUUUAUUGCAAAUUUGUUUAAGCCCGGUUAUACCAAUUUUUUGUAACUUGUGGGUUUCUGCAUUAUUUUUCAAAAUCAUUUUUAUGAUUGCAAAAUUUACUUGGUACACUAGCCCUCCAUAAAACAUGAGUCUUCUGUUGAAUUAUGGCUGGAAGCUGAACAAGCUGUGUACAAUUUAGAAUCGCAUUAUAGCGAUAAAAGACACACACACCAAUUAUCUGAGAAUGUUUGUUGUUCAUGUGUGUCCUCCAGGAGAAUAUUGUUUUUUUUUCUUUUUUUAAUUAUUUUUGUAUCGAUGAGCUAGAGCUCAAAUAAUGAUUAUGAUACCAGAGAAUGAAAAAAUGAAUGGUUAUUGACAUGAUCUUUCAUUUGAUUUUACUUUUUUAAUCAUUCCCCAGUUUUAGUUUGGUUUUAUAGUUUUUUACAGUUUUCAAUGUUUUUUUCUUCUAUGCACAAAGUAAAAAAUUUUUUUUUUCUUUUUUUGGCCGUUUUCUGGUUACUAAACAGAGCAAGUGAUUAAGUAAAUAUUUUAAUUAAGCAUAAUUCCAAAGCAUACACUUGCCUUACAAAAAUCUGACAAUAAAAAUAAAACGAUGAAUCUAAAUUAUAGUUUAUUAGCAUAAAGUAGUUUUGUGGAGAUUCAACUUUAUAGAGGCAAGUUUUAACUACCAGUCUUUAAACCCAUUAUCUAUCUUGAUGAAAUGCAAUAUGAUCUGUGGUACUGUAUGUGAACUGUGCCAAUUGUGUGUUCUUUAAGCAAGUGGACACAUUGUGAUCCCUUUCUAAGAAAGUUUUUUAAGGAUUUUUUUUUCUUUUAAUUUACUGAGUUGUGUAACGCUGAAGUAUGGAAGAUGUAAAUAAUUACCAUGGGAAUAUGUAUGUACUGCAAUGAAAAUAUGUAAAAUCUUGUGGUAUGAUACUGAAUGCUGUUUAUAAAGAAAAUAAAAGGUAUGUCCAUUAA